AGAGGCAGGACGCUUAUCCAAAGCGGAGCAGAGGAAGCGAGAACCCGGGGAAGAGGCAGGGAGCGCACGUACAAGGCCGCGGUUGUAGUCAGCAGCAAUCGUUAGAGAGUUCAUGGCUGUGAAAAUGACCCAGUGCGUCCACAGGGUGUUGUAUCUGUCGGUUCUGGUUGCGUUCGCCGCCUGCAACGCGCCCCCGGUACCGUUAGACGACAUCAUCAUUGAGAAAACUUUUGUGCCAGAGCAGUGCGGACGCGCAGUGAAAGUAGGGGACUAUGUCAGGUAUCACUAUAACGGGAUGUUCCCCGACGGAAAGAAGUUCGACUCCAGCUAUGACCGCGGCAGCACCUACAACGUGUAUGUAGGCAAGAAGCAGCUGAUUGAAGGGAUGGACAGAGCCCUGGUGGGAAUGUGUGUCAACGAGAGAAGACUGGUCAAGAUCCCGCCACAGCUUGCCUAUGGAAAGCAGGGAUACGGCGACAUCAUCCCCCCCGACUCCAUCCUCCACUUCGACGUCCUGCUGCUGGACGUGUGGAACCCAGAGGACGGUGUUCAGAUCAACACCUACUACACCCCUCCCAUCUGCUCCAGGAAGGUGGAGGUGUCGGACUAUGUGCGCUACCACUACAACGGGACACUGUUGGAUGGGACGCUCUUCGAUUCCAGCCACACUCGUCUGCGUACCUACGACACUUAUGUUGGGAUUGGCUGGCUGAUAGCCGGUAUGGACCAGGGACUGCUGGGGAUGUGUGUCGGAGAGAGACGCAUCAUCACCAUGCCCCCGUCGCUUGGAUACGGCGAGAAUGGAGAUGGUAGCGACAUCCCAGGACAGGCGUCUCUGGUGUUUGAUGUUGUCCUGCUGGACCUCCACAACCCCAGAGACAGCAUCACAGUGACCAAUCAGCAGGUGCCUGAGCCCUGCACCAGGAAGACUGUUGCUGGGGACUUUGUACGUUACCACUACAACGGCUCACUGCUUGAUGGAACGUUCUUCGACUCCAGCUACUCACGUAAUCGUACCUAUGACACCUACGUGGGCCGGGGCUAUGUGAUCGCCGGCAUGGAUGAGGGGCUGAUCGGAGUCUGCAUUGGAGAGAGACGCACCAUCACCAUCCCCCCACAUCUGGCCUAUGGAGAGGAGGGCACAGGCACAAAGAUCCCAGGCUCGGCGGUGCUGGUGUUUGACGUUCACAUCAUAGACUUCCACAACCCGUCGGACAGCACUGAGAUCACCGUUACCUACAAGCCGGAAGUGUGUGACAAGCAAACCAAGAAGGGAGACUUUGUCAAAUAUCACUACAAUGCCUCCCUGAUGGACGGCUCGCCCAUCGACUCAACGUAUAACUAUGGAAAGACAUACAACAUCGUCCUUGGAGCCAAUCAGGUGGUGCCAGGGAUGGAGGACGGACUGAAGGACAUGUGUGUGGGAGAGCGCAGACACCUUGUCAUUCCUCCUCAUUUGGGCUAUGGGGAGAUGGGAGUCACUGAUGAAGUCCCUGGCAGCGCCGUGCUGUUGUUCGACAUUGAGCUGAUGGAGGUGGAGGAGGGACUUCCUGAGGGCUACAUGUUCAUCUGGAACGAAGACGUCUCCCCCGACCUCUUCACCGAGAUGGACGUGGACCAGAACAAGCAGGUGGAGCCCUCUGAGUUUACUGACUACAUCAUGCGCCAAGUGACGGAGGGCAAGGGCCGCCUGGCUCCCGGCUUUGAUCCUUACCGCAUCAUCGACAACAUGUUCUCCAACCAGGACCGUAAUGGAGACGGAAAGAUCACAGAGGCGGAGUUCAAACUUAAAGCAGACGAAGCCGCCGCUCAUGACGAGCUAUGACGGGGCCGGGGUGUGAGACUUGGGUGAGGGCCUGGGGUGGGAAAGGGGAGGGUGGGCAUUUCAGGGUAAAUAUUUGGCUGGUAUGUGGAUGAUAGAGGGAGAUGGCACAGGGUUCUAUAUGUGUACAGUUAGCUAAAAACAAAUGUGCUCAAAGGGCUGUCCACCUUCAUAAACUGAUGCAAGGAUACAGAAUCAGAGGAGUGUCAGAGGAAGUCUUGUACUUAAAGGAAUACUCCAACAUUUUGGGAAAAAUAUCUUUAACUGACUUACCUGGACUGAGACAAGAUGUUUGAUACCAUUUUCACCUCUGUACGUCCAGUGGUUCGGGUCCUAUGGGUAACGUUUCGUCUUAGCUUAGCAUAAAGACUUGAAAUCUAUGGGAGUCAUUAGCCUGAAAAAAAAAAAAAAAAAAAAACUCACAGCAACUCUUAAGCUGUCUUAUUCACAUAAUAUGUUGUUCUUUUUUUUUAAAUUCCAAAACAUGUUUUUCAAAUACACAUGACACAUUGUGUAAAUAAGACCACUUCGGAGUUACUGUAAGGUUUAUUUUUUUACGUUGACAGAGCUAGGCUAACAACCCCCAUAGACUUUAAGUCUUUAUGCUAAGCUAAAACACUCUGGGAAAGUCAGAAAAGGGGAAUUUUACCCAAAACGUUUAAGUAUUCCUUUAAAAUAUUGUCCAGGAAAUAAAGUAUAGGAUCAAAGGAAGAUUUGGGAACUAAAUGUUUAAAAAGAUAGUUAAACAUCUACGUUGAGGACAGUAAUAAUUGUGGUUGACUUUUGUUUACCUCCUCUCACAUCAAGUUCUUUGUCUUUUCUGUAAUUUUUUGUGAUAUUUUUAUAUGGAGGAGUACAAAGGUACUCAUAUAUGAGAGAACAAAGCAACACCUCGCUUCAUGCUCUCUGCAUUAGACACUCCUUGGGUCAACUGUCCCCCUUUCCUCUAUGUUUUAUUCUUCUUAACAUUUCUUAGUUGUGUGAAACUAUAAUUUCACUGGGUGUCAGCUUGUCUCUGAAAGGUCCAACAGUCUGCUGAGGAGUCAAGCAGCAUGUGAUUACUCACUCUAAUAUCUUGUGGGUGAGGGGAAUUUUAUUUUGCCUCUUGGAUCUCACGGUGUUUCUGAAUGUUACAUCACGAGUGCAUCAUUCAUUUCUUUUCUGAAUGGAAAGAAACGGGACAGAUCACUAUCCAAUAACCCUCGUGCACAGGAUAGGAUUUGAAUAUUUUACAGAUGGGACUUUCCGACAUUUUCACUUGUAUCUGUUUUUAUCUGUUCACAUGCAUUUUGUUUUUCCUGCUGUCAAAUCAUCCUCCCACGACACUGAAAUUUCUGAAAUUGUGAUGUGUUACUGCGGCUUCUCAGUCCUUUAUCGCCUGUCUUUGUCUUCACCCAGAACUUGACACUUGACCCCUUUUUAGGAUUUUGUGUGUGUGUCUGUGUGUGUGUGCGCGCAUGUGCAUAUGUGAUUGUGAGAGAAAGAAAAGAGAGAAUAGCUUAGUGUGUGUGUGUGUGUGUGUUUUUUUUUUUUACUUUUUCAUACACAACAAAACUGAGGCUUGAUGGUAAUGAUGUCAACACAAAAGUUUAAACUGAUUAAAGCACCAGAGCUACCUGUG